GUGCGACAAAUCAAAGCGCCUCGAAUUCGGUCACCGUGAGAGGCUCUCUGCUGUUUGCCUUGCUCUAGACUCUGCCUGCCCUGCACUAGAGGGCAAAGAUGCGAGCUUUGUUCCAUGCCCAUGGCGUUCGUGUGAUCCAUCCAUCGCCUUUAAAUCUCGUUACUUACUGUAGUACACUUACUACUGAACAAACAUCAACAGCAAGCACACUUGUUUCAUUUCCCAUUCACGCAGGCAGGACCGUCCGUCCCCUUCCAUCCAUGAUCCAUCGCGUGGUUAAUGCCGCCAUUACUUCCACAAUAAAUCCAUCAGCCACCUAGCUCCACCAGAGCAGAGCACAGUCUCUUCUUCUUCUUCUUCGCAAAGAUUCAGUCUCUGUCUCUACUCUCUAGCUAGCUCCUAAAUCCAAUCCAACAACUAACCAGCCAUGGAACCACCAUCAUCACCCAACAAUCCAAACCACAAGGAGAUCAAGUCGCCGCCGCCGGUGCCAUCACCAGCACCACCACCCCCGCCGAACCCUUCGCUGCAUCGCAAGAAGCUGAGCUUCCACUUCAUGGACAGCGACGACCGCCGCUACCCUCCGCCGGGACCCGGCUCCACGACCCCUCUAAACAUCCGCGGCUCCCCGAUCCCCGCCGCCGACCUCCCGAAAACCGGCGGCUGGACGGCCGCCUUCUUCAUCUUCGGCAACGAGGCCGCGGAGCGGAUGGCCUACUACGGGCUGUCCGUCAACAUGGUCGUCUUCCUCUUCAAGGUCAUGCACCUGCCCUUCGCCGCCUCCGCCAACGCCGUCAACGCCUUCCUCGGCAUCUCCCAGGCCUCCUCCGUGCUGGGGGGUUUCCUCGCCGACGCCUACCUGGGCCGAUACUGGGCCAUCGCGCUCUUCGCCACGCUCUACCUCCUGGGCCUCGCCGCGCUCACCCUCUGCGCCACCCUGCCGGCGCUCGUCCCGGCCCAGGACGGCUGCGACAAGCUGCUCUUGCUCCUCGGUGGCUGCGCCAAGGCGAGUCCCUGGCAGACGGGGUGCCUCUAUGCCGCGCUCUAUGUCACGGCCUUCGGCGCCGCCGGGAUCCGGCCUUGCGUGUCCUCUUUCGGCGCCGAUCAGUUCGACGACAGAGACGGAAACUACAAGAGGCGGCUUGACAGGUUCUUUAACGUCUUCUACCUCGCCGUCACGGUGGGCGCCAUUGCGGCGUUCACGGUGGUGGUGUACAUCCAGAUGAACCAUGGAUGGGCGGCGGCGUUCGGGACGCUGGCGCUGGCGAUGGGGGCUUCGAACGCGCUCUUCUUCGCCGGCACGCCGCUGUACCGGCACAAGGCGCCGGGGGGAAGCCCGCUCACCAGGGUCGCGCAGGUGCUCGUCGCCGCCUUCCGCAACCGGAAUGCCGACGUCACCGAGACAGGUUUCGUGGGGCUUUAUGAGGUUGCCGGACCAAAGUCGGCGAUCCGCGGCAGUGGCAAGCUCGAGCACACGGACCGCAUGGCCUGGCUGGACAAGGCCGCGCUGAUGACGCCGGAGGCGGCGGGAGGAGACGCUCCGGACCCGUGGCGGGUGUGCACGGUGACGCAGGUGGAGGAGGUGAAGAUCCUGCUGCGUCUGGUGCCGGUGCCGGCGUGCACCGUGAUGCUCAGCGUCGUGCUCACCGAGUUCCUCACGCUCUCCGUCCAGCAGGCCUACACGCUCAACACCGACCUCGCCGCGCUGCACCUGCCGGUCACCUGCAUGCCGGUCUUCCCCUGCAUCGCCAUCUUCCUCGUCCUCGCCCUCUACUACAACACCUUCGCGCCGAUCGCCCGCCGCCUCACGGGCCACCCGCAUGGCGCGUCCCAGCUGCAGCGGGUCGGCCUCGGCCUCUUCUUCUCCAUCGUCUCAGUCGCCUGGGCCGGCGUCUUCGAGCGGUACCGGCGCCGCUACGCCGUGGAGCACGGCUACCUGGGCUUGUUCCUGACGCCCAUGCCGGGGCUCAGUGCAUACUGGCUGCUCAUCCAGUACUGCCUCAUCGGCAUCGCCGAGGUCUUCUGCCUCGUCGGCCUCAUCGAGUUCCUCUACCAGGAGGCGCCCGAUGCCAUGCGCAGCGUUGGCUCGGCCUAUGCCGCCGUCGCCGGAGGGCUCGGGUGCUUUUUCGCCACGGCGCUCAACAACGCCGUCGAUGCCGCCACCGGUGACGUCGCCAAUGGGAGGCCGUCGUGGCUGGCGCAGAACAUUAAUGUGGCGAGGUUUGAUUACCUCUACUGGCUGCUGGCCGUGCUCAGCACCGUCAACCUCGCCGUCUUCAUCUACUUCGCCAAAAUCUACAAAUACAGGUCUUCCAGUUCCAGACCGGACAACAGUAACAGCAGCAAUAAGUUGGAGAUCUCCAUCUCUGACCACAAGUGAAUGAGAUGAAAUAGGCAGAGAGAUUUUGAUUCUGUUCUAGGCUAGGAAAGAUUGUUGUUGCUGAAUUGCCAAAUCAGAUUGUACACUACUGUAAAAGACCCAUUGUAACGCUGUCACUUACAGAACAAAGAAAAGUUCAGACUUGAAAAAACAAA